AUCUAACGAACAGAGUGGCUGAGAAAUACCGAUAAAAGCUUAGAAAACAAAUUCUCUCUCUCUGUAUGGUCGUUGUUACAGUUUUAAAUGAGUAAUUAAAUUAUUUUUGAGUAGAGAAAUUUUUUUUAAACAUGUCUUCAAAUCCAGCAGCAGCAGCAGCAGCAGCUACCACUUCAAGUUCCUUUCUAAUGAGCGCACCUCAAAUCCAGUCUUCUUCAAGCUACCGCCGGCUCCGCCCUGCACAACCGCCGUGUUUGCCGCCGCUCUCUGCUGCUGUUUCUACUCCUUUGGCUCAAUUUCAUCAUCGGACUAAUUCGAAAUCCAUCACAAUUUAUCCUAAGAGGUGGAAAAAUCAAGGUAGUGAUGGAGCAGGAUUGAGUUGUUUUGAGAGAAAAAAGAGUAAUAAUGCUUGGAAACGACGUAGUUCUGCGGCUGCGGCUGCUACUUCUCUUUUAGAGCAGAAUAAUAAAUGCAUCACUUGCUUUUCUAAUAACAGUCGUCGUGGAAAGCAUUCCGGUAUUGCGCGACGUGUUCCCGGAGCUUUUGUUGACAAAUCUGCUUUUCAUUUGCCUGGUUUUGUUUCGGUGAAGUAUCCUCAUGUUCCCUGCGCUUCGGUUGGUCCAAAUGAACCUCAUGCUGCAAGUACAGUCUGCCCGGAUGGUAUUCUUGAGAGACAAGAGUCAGAUUUAUAUCCUGAAACGGGAUUAGCUGAAGUUUUAAGCACUGAACUCCCAAUUCACCCGAAGUUGUACAGAGGGCAAUUGAAAAAUGGCCUCCGUUAUCUUAUAUUACCAAAUAAAGUUCCACCAAAUAGAUUUGAGGCACAUAUGGAAGUUCAUGCAGGGUCAAUAGACGAGGAAGAAGAUGAGCAAGGAAUUGCACAUAUGAUUGAGCAUGUUGCAUUCCUUGGAAGUAAGAAACGUGAAAAACUUCUUGGGACAGGGGCCAGAUCUAAUGCUUACACGGAUUUCCACCAUACUGUUUUCCACAUCCAUUCACCUACUACUACUGCAAAGGAUGGCGACGAUGAUCUACUUCUAUCUGUCCUCGAUGCUUUGAAUGAGAUAGCCUUCCACCCGAAGUUCCUUUCUUCUCGAGUCGAGAAAGAAAGACGUGCUAUUCUAUCGGAGUUACAAAUGAUGAACACAAUAGAAUAUCGUGUAGAUUGUCAGUUGUUGCAGCAUUUGCAUUCUGAAAACAAGUUGAGCAAAAGAUUUCCUAUUGGAUUGGAAGAUCAAAUUAAGAAGUGGGAUGCAGAAAAAAUUAGGAAAUUCCACGAGCGGUGGUAUUUUCCAGCAAAUGCUACUUUGUAUAUUGUUGGAGACAUUGGCAACAUCUCAAAGACCGUCCACCAGAUUGAAACUGUCUUUGCACAAACUGGCCUUGAAAAUGAGACAACUUCAAGUCCUGCUUCUAGUGCAUUUGGUGCAAUGGCUAGUUUUCUUGUUCCUAAACUCUCAGUUGGGCUGCCUGGAAGUUCAUCCCCAGAAAAAGUCUCUACAGAUCAAUCUAAAAUUUUGAAAAGGGAAAGGCAUGCAGUUCGUCCACCUGUGCAACACAAUUGGUCACUCCCGGGAAGCAAUGCCCUUAUGAAGUCGCCACACAUAUUUCAGCACGAGUUACUUCAGCAUUUCUCAUUUAAUAUGUUUUGCAAGAUUCCAGUGAGUAAGGUCCACACGUAUGGUGACUUGCGUAAUGUUUUGAUGAAGAGGAUAUUUCUGUCUGCAUUGCAUUUUCGCAUUAACACACGUUAUAAGAGUUCAAAUCCGCCUUUUACCUCGAUUGAAUUGGAUCACAGUGAUUCUGGAAGAGAAGGUUGCACUGUCACAACUCUUACUGUAACUGCAGAGCCCAAGAAUUGGCAGAGUGCGAUUAAAGUUGCUGUUCAAGAGGUUCGAAGACUUAAAGAAUUUGGUGUUACAAAGGGUGAACUAACUCGUUACAUGGACGCUCUUCUAAAAGAUAGCGAACAUCUUGCUGCUAUGAUUGAUAAUGUGUCUUCAGUCGACAACUUGGAGUUUAUUAUGGAGAGUGAUGCACUAGGCCAUACUGUUAUGGAUCAAAGGCAGGGCCACGAGAGUUUGGUUGGUGUUGCUGGGACAGUUACUCUUGAGGAGGUUAAUUCUGUUGGUGCAAAAGUACUCGAGUUUAUCUCAGAUUUUGGAAAUCCCACUGCACCACUUCCUGCAGCUAUUGUUGCAUGUGUCCCAAAUAAAGUGCAUGUUGAAGGAGUGGGUGAAACCGAGUUCAAGAUUUCCCCAAGUGAGAUCACGACGGCUAUAAAAUCUGGAUUGGAUGGACCAAUUGAGGCUGAGCCAGAGCUUGAAGUGCCAAAGGAACUCAUAUCUCCAUCACAAUUAGAGGAGUUAAAGUUACAACGCAGACCCUCUUUUGUCCCAUUGCUUCCAGAAGUAAAUGUUUUGAAAUUGCAUGACCAAGAGACAGGAAUCACUCGAUGUCGUCUUUCAAAUGGAAUUGCCGUAAAUUAUAAGAUUUCAGAAAGCGAAUCCAGAGCAGGCGUAAUGCGACUUAUAGUUGGUGGAGGGCGAGCUUCUGAAACUACAGAGUCAAAAGGUGCUGUUAUUGUGGGUGUUCGAACACUCAGUGAGGGUGGUCGCGUGGGUGAUUUUUCAAGAGAGCAGGUGGAACUGUUUUGUGUGAAUCACUUGAUAAAUUGCUCUUUGGAGUCAACAGAGGAAUUUAUUUGUAUGGAAUUUCGUUUUACUUUGAGAGACAAUGGGAUGCGCGCUGCAUUUGAACUACUCCAUAUGGUACUUGAGCAUAGUGUCUGGCUGGAUGAUGCCUUUGAUAGAGCAAGGCAGUUAUACUUGUCAUACUACCGGUCCAUUCCCAAGAGCUUGGAGCGUGCUACUGCCCACAAACUUAUGACGGCAAUGUUGAAUGGCGAUGAGCGAUUUAUUGAGCCAACACCACAAUCAUUAGAAAAUUUAACAUUGAAAUCCGUAAAGGAUGCAGUGAUGAAUCAGUUUGUAGGUGGUAAUAUGGAGGUAAGUAUUGUUGGAGAUUUCUCAGAGGAGGAAAUCGAGUCUUGUAUUAUCAAUUACUUGGGAACAGUUAGAGAAACAAUAGGUCUGGGUGGAGCAGAAAAGUUUAACCCAGUCGUGUUUCGACCAUCACCAACGGAUUUACAGUCGCAACAAGUAUUCUUGAAGGAUACAGAUGAGAGAGCGUGUGCAUACAUUGCUGGUCCUGCACCAAAUCGCUGGGGCUUCACAGUUGAUGGAAAAGACCUGUUUGAGUCAAUCAGUGACAUUGCAGUUGUGCCAGAUGCACUUCCAAAGUCUGAGGAAGCAUUGAUGCAUGGGAAGGAUGUUCGGGAAGAUGGGCAAAGAAAACUUCGCGGUCAUCCUCUUUUCUUUGGGAUAACAAUGGGGAUCCUUGCAGAGAUCAUAAAUUCAAGGCUUUUUACCACUGUCAGAGAUUCUCUUGGACUGACUUAUGAUGUCUCGUUUGAGUUAAGCCUAUUUGAUAGGCUUAAUCUUGGAUGGUAUGUGAUAUCUGUGACAUCAACUCCGAGCAAGGUACACAAAGCUGUUGAUGCCUGCAAGAGUGUCUUAAGAGGAUUGCAUAGCAACCAGAUUGCACCAAGAGAGUUGGACAGGGCAAAGCGGACUCUUUUAAUGAGACAUGAAGCUGAAGUUAAGUCAAAUGCCUAUUGGCUUGGAUUGCUCGCUCACUUACAAGCUUCUUCAGUUUCAAGAAAGGACAUAUCAUGCAUUAAAGACCUCACUUCACUGUAUGAGGCGGCAACUAUUGAAGACAUCUACAUUGCAUAUGAACAGUUGAAAGUUGAUGAAGAUUCUUUAUACUCAUGCAUUGGAGUUGCAGGCAGCCAGGCCGGUGAUGAGAUAAUUGUUCCUUUGGAAGAGGAGGACACAAAUGAUGGAUAUCCAGGAGUUAUACCUGCAGGGCGCGGUUUAUCUACAAUGACAAGGCCGACAACUUGACUCUCCUAGAUAUCAUUCUAAUCAUCUGCAAUUAUACGCACUCAGGUUCAGAAGUUCCCCUCUAGAAUGGUGGAAAACUGUGGAUCCGAGGCAUAGGAGCUGAACUUUUCAAAAGUGAUUCAACUACUGGAGCUGCGACUCGACAUCAAUGUAUAAAAAAAUGGUGUAUGAUACUGGCGUGCAACUGGUCUAUUUACUCCUUUCUCACCAUACAAUUGGCUCAAACAAAAAUCUACAGGGUCAUUUAUUGUUCACCUACUGCAGAGAGUUUGAAUCUACGUACAGUUAAGUGUACAAAUAUUCAUAAAAUCAUUUGAUCACAUUAUAUUCAUAACUUUUAUACGAGCUGCCCAUUUUUCAAAAUUGUAAAUGUACAAAUUUUGUCUAACAUAUGGAAGCAAUAUAUGUAAUGCAUUAAAUUAUUUAGGAAGCUUAAUGAUUAAACGAAUCUUCUCUUUAA